UCCCUGUCGAGCAGCCCGCCGCUCUGGUCACAUCCGUUCCUCACGGACCUGAGAUCGCUCCUCUCCAGAGGCCAGUCUGGUCCCUCCAGGAUGGGCGGGACCUUCCCGCUGAUCGCGCUGUUGGUUGUGGCAGUCAUCGUCCAGUAUGUGGUCUCUGCCACCGACUGUCUCACUACAAACUGCGAGCUGGAUGCUCGGAAAGAAUGCCAGACCUUGGCCAAGAGUGUAUUCUGCAACAUGAAAUUCCGGCAAAUUAAACAGAUCCACAUCACGGAGGCAUCGUUCCCGAGAGGUGUGCAAAAAAUCAGAAUAUCCGGUGCCGAGACCAUAACGAUCGGUGAGGACGCCAUCGCCAAGCUGACAUCUCUAAAGUUUUUCGAGAUCACCAACGUCAGCACCUUGAUCCUGCAAACCCGCUCUCUGGCGCGCGGCAACAACUCCGAACAGAUCACCGUGAGAAUACGCGCAGUGAAGAGUCUUCAAAUUUAUUCUGAGACUGUGGCUGACUGGAGAGGAGACUCAAGAAUCAUCGUAAAAGACGUGGAUGACUGUCAGAUGUUUCAGCAUUCCAUUGCCAAAGCACAGUUUGACAGUUUCAUUUUAAGUAGGAUACAAUCGAUGGUCAUUCAUAAAAACGUUUUCGGUAAUAACACCCAGAUACAUAUUAUUAGCAUUAUGAACAUAGCCUCACUUUCCGUCUCUAAGAGAGCCUUCAUAUUCAAUGUGACAGUGGACAACUUAUUGUUCAUGGACAUCGGAAACCUCACUAUGCACUCAGGAGCAAUAGCGAAAAAUACAAGGAUUCAGGAGGCAAGGUUAAUCAACGUGAAGAAUCUUGCCAUUGAAUCCACAGGUAUUCAGGCAGAAAUUGAGAAGCUGAGGCUUGACAACGUUACCAUGGAAACGUGCGAUCAGAAGGCGUUAGGUGGCAGCAUUGGAUCUAUGUCGCUCAGCUCGUCGCAUAUCCAUCGCACUAGGAAAAAAUGCGUAACAGCUGGUAAUGGAAUGAACAAACUAAUCAUUGAAAGCAGCCGCUUGAAUCACAUCGAAACAUCGGCCAUCUACGGGGCGGUCAGGGAAGUUGAAAUCAAGAACAGUACAUUCGGAGCGAUAGAAAAGGAAGGGCUGCAGCUGAAUGUCGCGAAGUUUUCCAUUGAGAACAGUACUAUCGAGGAAGCUUCAAAGAAAGCAUUUGCGGUGCUUGCUGACAGCGAUAUCACAAUCAGGAACUGCACAAUCGAUACUCUCCAAAAGGACGCAUUCGGGUCGCUUAAAGUUACACAAGGCAGUGACUUAGCACACCACCGGAUUCAGCUAGACAACCUCCAUAUAAAACAUCCACAGCACGGAUCACUGUUAUUCGAUAAAAACCAAAGAGUAAUAGUGCAUGAGCUCAAAACAGACACACCCUGUGAGUGUAACAUAACAUUAACACUGGGUCUGGACAUGUCUUCCGAGCAUACGUUCUGGAUACAACAGCCUCUAUGCGUGAUCAAGGGCAUGCUGCCGACACUGGGCCACUACCUGCAGGUGUUCUGCACGGAGCCAAUUAUCACUCCGCCGCCUGCUAACCCGAUCACUAACCCGACCAACUUUCUCAGAGAAGGCACAAAGCCACAGCCGCCUCAGAUAGCGGGUGAAUCAACUAUCCAGGACCAACAAACGAUUCCUGAGACCAGUGACCAGACGUCCGACGAUGGCUCAGACCAGGUCCGCACCGGCUUCACCUACACUGAGAUUCUGAUCCCUAUCAUCUGUGUUGUGGUCCUAAUUGCGAUAGUUGUCAUGCUAGCCUUGCUCGUUUAUCGUAAGCGUUGGCAAAGACGGCGUAUCUCGCAUACUGUAGAACAAUAUCAUAGUUACCAAUCUCUUCCUGAUAGUCGUCAAAUGACAAGAGGAUUUUAUCAACACGUCUACCACAGGCCCUUACCACCAACUCCGCCAACGGAAGCGCUUGAAAUGCAUGAGCACAAUCAGGACGAUGAUACUGAUGGUAUAUAUGAGACUGUCGAGGCACCUUACCAGGAAAUUGCCGAAUUUCAACAACAGAUGCAGGAUGGGGGACCCGCAACACUCAGCCUCGCUUCUCUCGCACCCUCCCUCUGCCACUAUCACCGGCUCAACCCAACCCAACAUCGCCACCAUCCCCAGUGCUUGAAAUCCACGACACACUAUGACCAUCUCAUACACCCACCAUGACCUGUCGCCAUCACCCAGUCAACGCCACUGAUAGUACUGAUAGGGCGCCUUACCAGGAAAUUGAGGAAUGCUAACUACAGAUCGAGGAGCGGCUAUGCAAAAAAAAAACUAAGACGGUGUUAAUCAUCAUAUUAUCUCGAACCCAAUGGCAUGAACAAAUACACAUUUUCAAUAGUUUU